GUGUGAGAAAGAAGAGGUUGAGAGCGGAGAUCCACCAGCAGUCUGUCGGCUUCAGUCCCCGCUGACUCUGCCGGUGCAGAUCACACACUCACACUCACACACACACACACAGAGACACACACUGAGGGGUUGAGAUGUGACUGUUAAACCGGAGGAAUACAGCGUGUUUCUGUGGGAUCUUUUCUUUUCCUGUCAGCCGGAUAAUGGGAGAGGACAGGCGGGGAGUCACUUUGGCCAUGCCGGCCACUUGGGUUGCGGUGCUCCUGUGUGUGAUUACUUCGGUGUGCGCAGUGGAAGAGACAGUGAUGGAUACAAGGACAGCGACAGCUGAGCUUGGCUGGAUAUCGUUCCCUGCCAAUGGAUGGGAGGAGGUGAGCGGAUAUGAUGAGAACCUCAACACCAUCAGGACAUACCAGGUGUGCAAUGUGUUCGAGCCCAGCCAGAACAACUGGCUCCUCACCACUUACAUCGACCGGCGGGCGGCACAGCGCAUCUACGUGGAAAUCCGCUUCACCGUACGAGACUGCGCCUCCAUUCCCAGCGUCCUGGGCUCCUGCAAAGAGACGUUCAACCUGUACUACCUGGAGACCGACAGGACCGUGUCAGAGGGCAUCAAAGGGGUGGAGUACUGGGCCAAUGCCCCUUUUCUUAAGGUGGACACUAUUGCAGCCGAUGAGAGUUUCUCCCAGGUUGAUUUUGGUGGACGGCUAAUGAAGGUGAACACAGAAGUCCGGAGUUUCGGGCCGCUGUCCAAAGGCAGAGGGUUCCACUUGGCCUUCCAGGAUCUGGGCGCUUGCAUGUCCCUUCUGGCUGUCAGAGUAUUCUACAAGAAAUGCCCGAGCAUUGUGCAGAACUUUGCUUUUUUCCCAGAGACACUGACUGGAGCGGAGUCCACCUCAUUAGUCAUCGCUAGGGGAAGUUGUAUCCCCAACGCCGAGGAGGUAGACGUGCCUAUAAAGCUCUACUGUAACGGAGACGGAGAGUGGAUGGUUCCCAUCGGCAGCUGCAGCUGCAAGGCGGGUUAUGAACCAGACAAUGGCAAUGUGUGUCGAGCUUGCCCUCAGGGCACCUUUAAAUCGUUCCAGGGGGCAGGAUUAUGUCAGCAAUGUCCGCUCAACAGUCGCUCCACCAUCGAGGCUGCCACCCUCUGCGGUUGUCGGAAUGGCUAUUACCGAGGAGACAUGGACAAACCAGAGGACAUGUGCACCAGUGUCCCUUCGGCUCCUCGCAAUGUGGUUUCAGUCGUCAACCAGACAUCAGUGCUGCUGGAGUGGCACUCACCACGGGACACUGGGCACCGUGACGACCUGUCAUAUAAUGUCUUAUGCCGGCGGUGCCACAGCAGCGAGCGCCGGGCAUGUCAGCCGUGUGACGACAGCGUGGCAUUCGUUUCAGGCAAGCGAGGGUUAAAGGAAACAAGGGUGAAGAUCAGCAAGCUGCGGGCGCAUACAUCGUACACCUUCGAGAUACAGGCAGUAAACGGAGUCUCCAACAAGAGCCCUUAUCCCGCCCAACAACUGUCAAUCAACAUUACAACCAAUCAGGCUGCUCCCUCAGUGGUUCCCAUAAUGCACCAAGUGAGCUCAACGAGCCGCAGUUUCUCGUUGUCAUGGCCACCGCCCGAACAGCCCAACGGAAUUAUCCUCGACUACGAGAUACGAUACUAUGACAAGUCCCAGUUGUCAGAGCUGAACAGUUCAGUGGUCCAGAGCGAAACACCCAAUGUUGUUCUGGAGGGUCUGAGGCCUGGGACCGGCUACGUGGUCCAGGUGAGGGCUCGCACUGUGGCCGGCUACGGAGCCUACAGCAAGGACAUGCUCUUCCAAACACUCACCGACGAUGAGUAUAAGUCAGAGCUGGGGCAGCAGCUCUCCCUGAUUGCAGGCUCUUUAGUAGGUGGAGUGUGUAUCGUCUCAUUGGUAGCAAUCGCCAUCAUCUGUACCAGAAGGAGACAGUUGAAGGAGAGUGUGUACGGUGACAAGCUGCAGCAGUACAACACAGGAGGAGAGGUGACUCUGAGGCCUGACAUGUUCAGCGGCCCCACCCCCACCGUGACCUUUCCCACCCUGUCUGAAGGUCACAGUUCACCAGGGGUCAAGAUCUACAUCGACCCUUUCACCUACGAGGACCCCAACGAGGCUGUCCGGGAAUUUGCCAAGGAAAUCGACCCCUCCUGUGUCAAAAUAGAGGAAGUCAUUGGAUCAGGUGAGUUUGGGGAGGUGUACAAAGGUCGCCUUAAGCCUGUCGGUAAAAAAGAAAUUCCUGUGGCCAUCAAGACCCUGAAGGUUGGCUACUCUGAGAGGCAGAGGAGGGACUUCCUGUCCGAGGCGUCGAUCAUGGGCCAGUUUGACCAACCAAACAUUAUCAGACUGGAGGGCGUGGUGACCAAGAGCAGGCCUACGAUGAUCAUCACAGAGUUCAUGGAGAACGGAGCACUUGACUCGUUUCUGAGGCAAAAUGAUGGGCAGUUCCCAGUGAUCCAGCUGGUUGGUAUGCUGAGGGGCAUCGCAUCUGGAAUGAGGUACCUGGCGGAAAUGAGUUAUGUUCACCGGGACCUGGCUGCUCGGAACAUCUUGGUGAACAGUAACUUGGUGUGUAAGGUGUCGGACUUUGGCUUAUCACGAUAUCUGGAAGACGACACCUCUGACCCCACCUACACCAGCUCACUGGGGGGUAAAAUCCCAGUGCGGUGGACGGCCCCGGAGGCGAUCGCUUACCGGAAGUUUACGUCGGCUUCAGAUGUCUGGAGUUAUGGGAUCGUCACCUGGGAGGUGAUGUCAUAUGGAGAGAGGCCUUACUGGGACAUGAGCAACCAAGAUGUGAUAAAUGCCAUCGAGCAGGACUUCAGGCUGCCAGCUCCCAUGGACUGUCCAGUAGUGCUGCACCAGCUGAUGCUGGACUGCUGGCAGAAAGACAGGAACGCACGGCCAAAGUUCCCUGAUAUUGUCAGCAUGUUGGACAAGAUGAUACGCAACCCCGCAUCUCUGAAAGCCGGCACCAACAACAUCGCCCCUGGUCCUUCCCAUCAUCCCUUGUUAGACCGUGGAGCUCCAGACCUCAGCAGGGUGAGCUCUGUGGAAGACUGGCUGGCUGCACUGAAGAUGACCCAGUAUCGAGACUCCUUCCUGGGCUCGGGCUUCACUUCUUUGCCACUCGUCACACAAAUCACAGCCGAAGAUCUUCAAAGGAUUGGAGUGUCUCUAGCUGGACACCAGAAGAAAAUCCUGACCAGCGUUCAGUCAAUGAGGCACAACAUCGAUGACCAGUCUCCUACUGAAUCCGUGUAACCACACAGGGGAGCGAUACAGUAUGAAAUAUUUGACAUGUGUACAGUCUGAACGAGCAGGCUGUCAUCUUCACUCAUACACUUCAGUCUGCUGAUCUUGGAGAUAUAAACCACAUGUUUUUAACAAUCACCAGUCAAUCAGCAGUCACCCGGUUCCUCCUGACUUCUGUCAUACCAUUUAGCUUCCCAAAUUAAUUGAAACUGAAUGCCUCCAGGAGGGAGUUGAAUGCAGAGUUAGUGCAAGAGAAAAACAAGGAAGGCAUGAUUUGUGACUGACUACAAAAAAAACUAGUGUCUGGACUUUUUUUUUUUGUCUGAUUAUAAGGGGUACAAUCACAAACACCCAUUCUUUCAGAUCCAAAAUAUGCCUGCAAGAUAACGUUGACUUCCAUCACUGAAAUCUACAGACCAGCUUGACUGUUUGAUUCAAGGACAACAUGGCUUGGUUUUUAUGUUAGGAUAAAUCACCCAGACUUGCUACUGUGAAGAGGAAACUGAUAUUUAUAUGAAGGGACACAAACUGGGCCAAAAGCUUGACAAAAAAGUCUUUAAAACAGUGUUUCCAGAGACGAGACCUAAUGCAGGCUUUGUUAUCUCCAGUUUUGUUGAGACAACAUCAGUUCAUUUGCAUCCAGACAAGAGCCAACAAUUAAAUGUGACUUUGUGAAUUAUAUCUUCAUAUUGAAGAGUCUGUACAUAUUAUGAUAUGGGAAGUUUAUUUCCUAUUUGCUCAUUUGCUUUCACUUUUGCCAACAGCAUCGAACAAUUAAUUGUAACUGGAGUAUUUGUGAGUUCUCUAUGAUUAUCUUCCUCUGCCUGACUCAUCACUGGAACAAACUUUUAAAGUGGUGUGGACUGCGGACAAGAAAAAAAAAAGGUUUCAUAGUUCUAUCUUUUGUACUUUCCAUGCAGCCAUGGAAAGAUAAACUUCCACACAGAGAGCUAGCAAUGCCUGGCCUACUUAAAAUACUUAAUUCAGAGGGAACUCAUAAUGGAUGAUGUUUUAUAGUCAGCACAAAUGCCCUCUCAGUAAAGGCAAUUACAGACAACAAAAUCAGAUAAAGAAAUAUUAAACCAUAGCAGUGUAACCAGUCUUUUUCCCAUGCUAGGAAGAAAGGCAACUGUAUCUGCGGAUAUUGAGUUAUUACCAGCUGCUGAGACGCACCUGUUGUGAACACACAGCAGUGACCAGAGAAUCUCAAAAGACAGAAAAGGUAUUCUCAUCCAGUGUUCUUUUGAUUUGGCUGCGAUAGGUAAAGCUGUCUGCCAGUCAGGAAUUAAUACAACGCAUGAACAAACCAGAAAUCCAAUGUUCAUGUACUGUCCACGAAACAUGGAACAAAUCUAAUUUCUGUCAAAAGUGUAUGGCUGCCGUCCAGAUGGUAAUCAUCACUCCACAGCAACAGGCAGGAAGGCAGGCAGGAGCCUUUGUAUGAAUUCUAUUUUUUAUUCAUUGGCUGCCGGACAUGUCAUUGUUGUCAGAGUCUGUUUUGACAGUCACAUUUCCCAAUUGACAGAACUGAUUAAUACUGUUGUGUCAGUUUGCAGAUGAAAUGACAUGAAGUGACCUAUCCACGUUCUCAUCCAUCUGUGGACAGCAACCUUUUCAAUGCCGGGGCGUGACGCAACAUCCAUUUACAAGCAACAAAGACUAAUUUCUCAGAAAAAAAAGAUCCAACAAGAAAAAGAUAGUCAAAUACAAAAUGCUUGGGGGGAGUGAGGGUGGGCUCAUGAAGGAAAUUACCGGCGUAUUUAUCAUGUUUUAGUGCUCAAAUGUGAUGUUUGACUCACUAGUCUCCACAUAAUAUGAUAUCAAGAAGGUCUGAUCUCACUCUGGGGCACCGUGGUGGAGGAGCACCGGGAGAUCUCUUUUAUCUCAGCACUGAGCGAUUACCAGCUGUGAAACAACAGCUCUGCCUUCAGCCCCAAACCUCUGGUCAUGCGUGUGCACCCACAUCCCAAGGAUUACCAGUCUGCACUGAUUGGAUGUCGUGAUUUUAGUUGUCAUCCGCCUGCGAGCCAUGCUCACAAUGACAGAAGUGACAGUAUUUAGUUGUUUGCUUUCAACACGUUUUACUGCUGCAUGACUCUGACGUACUGCAGAGAACGAUAUGUUUGUGUUUGUCUCGCACCACUGCUCUCCACUGCUGGGACGGCCCGAAGUCUUUAUUUGUGACAUUGAGAGGUCCGCGACUAUUUUAAACCUCCCAACAUUUCAGUUUCCACUUUUCGCCGGAAUUGCAUUUGUUGCCUGGCAACGAUAGCUUAUUGAACAUUUUAUCAGGAAGUAUUGAGAUCAACUGGGAGCGUGUCAGUGGUUCAGAGGCAUAAUUCGUUGUAAAUAGAUGCCUCUGGAAAAACAGUUUAAACCAGUGAGACGACGAGUGUGUGCCUAAAAGCUCAUAUUGAACGCCACCUAAAAAAAAAAAUAAAUGUCCUGCAGAAAUAAAAGCUAUCAACAUCUUAAUACAUUAUGUAACACCCUUAGCUACAUGUGAUGUGUAUGUCCUUUGCUUCAUGUUUCUUUUCUGCUAUUUAACAAGGUUAGAUGUGAGCCUUCAGAGGCAUUUCACAUGUUCCUGUGUCAGUGUUUGUGAAAAGACAAUGGAGGCAUAAAUGAUCUACAGCACGUCUCGUGUUUACACUAUGACAUGUCUCGGUUUGAGCACAUAUACAUAUACAUAUACACUGCAGAGAGGAUAUCUCAGGAACACAACAGAUGGGAGUUUUGUCCACGUUGCUGCAUAAAAUGUGAUCGUUUAUUGGUAAAUCAUGCACUAUAUUUAAAAAGAUUAAUCUAAGAUGAAGUGCUUUAAGAGUUCAUGGAGAAAAACAGUUUUUGGUGUUAGUUUUUGAAGUGCUUAUUAAAAGUUUAAUCCACCCUAAAUCCAGCCCCUAAAAAGAGAGGAACAACCUUUUGAUAUGAGAGUUCUCUGUUUGUGAAUGUGACUCUAAUAAUACACUGAUUAUUGUAUCAAUGCUAAACAUCUCCUAGUACAAAUUACAUUUUAAAUCCUUUUUACUGAAAGUGGGGAGUGUUGACAUCAAGCUUUUUAAAUGCUUCUUAGGAAGAAUCUACAAAUCACCAAGCUUACAAGUAAAGUCCAUGCUUGACGUUUUUUGGAAAAAUCUUUUUGAAGAUUUUUUCCUACACUAGCUGUGUCCCAGUGCCACACUCCAUAACAAAUCUUUGCGUUUAGAUGGAGUCGUGUGUUCACUCUGGAAGUAUGUUGGAAGUAUGUCGGCAUUUAGACUGAAAAGGACCUUGAUUUUUGAGUUUGCUGUUGCUCACGCUUGAAAUUAAAAGUGAACUGGUUACCUAACACUUUACAUAACAGAAUUUUAACCGCUGUGAUUGGAUGUUGUAUUUGGCAAAAUGCACCUUAGGAAUCAAUUUUCUUCUUCUGCCCCAAAGUUUUUGACCAGAUAUUUUCUAACAGAGUAGUUUGUUAUUAAUGAUUAGGGGAGUUUCUCAGGAGGAGGUUUUAAAAAUCGAUAGUGUAAAUGGACUCACUGUCCAUGGGAAAAAUUGGACUGUUGUGUGCCGCAUCUGUAUAGUCUGGUUUUUGGACACAGCUACUGUUUUAAGGUGGAGCCACCUGUGAAUAUCCUUUAAAUUUUUCUACAUUUGUAACACUUGUUGUUUAUAAGGAUGUCAUUUUGUUAUGAAGUGUUGAUACUUUAAUACUUGCUGUUCUGAAAAAGGUCAGCACGUUAGCAUAAUAUACAGUACCCGACCAGUGUGUGAGCAUUAGGGUGUAUCUGUGACCACAGUCUCUCUCCUUUGUACACACUCAGCAUUUUGUAGCUGCGAUGCAUUCUGGUCUGCUGGGAGUACUGCCAGUGGAGACAAAUAUAAUAGAUUCCUCUUUAUGCAUUGUUGAAUGGCUCUACACUCUGGAAGCCGCAGACAAAAGGGACUGACACCAAAAACCUGACAUUUACUGCAGAUGUUUUAGAUAGAAAACUCCAUUCACACUCUGUAACUGUGCUGGGAAUAUAACAACAAGAUGUCACAUUACAUUUGGGCAAUUAACCACUGACGCAGGAAAGAAUACACCACUAAACAACAAAGUAGGCCCAGAAAUGCAAGGUGUGUCACCAGAAGCUCCUCCAAGUGCUUUAGGGUGGAUUUAUCUUUUAAUUGUGGUUAUUUUCUGGAAACUGGACCGACUCGGCUGCUGUUCUCCUCUCCUGUUGCUCUGCUGUAAUAGAUACUGGAGGUGAGGCUGGAGAUGAGACGAGGCGAGUUAGGAAGAGAUGAAAAAAAGUGAAAGGGAAUAGGUAAUGGAAGGGGCAACGGGAGAAGGGAAGGAUAACAGAAGAAGAGAGAAAAAGGAGGGGUGGAGGCGCGAGAGGCAAAGCUCGGCUCUCGUGUUUGAAUAAAAAUGAGGCUGGGUGUUGAGAGAUUACUCUUUCUCUUUUUGUUUCUCUCUCUCUCUCUCUCUCUCUUCCUUGCUCUACCCGGCUGUCCUCUUUCUUCCCUUAAUGCCCACAACCUCUCUGUGCAACUCACUCUGCUUCUAGUCUGCAUUCCCACUGAAAAACGAUGUAAAGACAAGCAAAUGGAGCACGGGUUUUAUUCUGUGGUUUGUUGUCUCUCAUUUUAGCCGGUAACCUUUGUUCCAUGUGUCCAGUCAUUGACGGUGUUUCAUAACACUAACCUGAACUAAAACAGUCUGGCUGUAUACACUCUCCGGACAUGCAGAAAAAGGUUUUCUCUUUUUUAAUUAUUUAAUUUAAUUUAUUUCCUAAUUGCUUGCCAUACUUUUCAGUAUGUAUGUAAUGUAUAGUUUCUCUUGAAAAAAAGAAAAACAGCUCAGUAAUCAGCUGUAGUCUGCCUUUCUCUGUUUACCUACGAUACUGUUAUAGGUGUUAUUGCUCAUAUAGUCGGAGCAUCCCACUGUAAUGUAUUAUAAUACUGUAAUAUAAUGUGAGUAUGCGCACACCUGUGCAUCUUUGUGUGUGUGCGUGAGUGUGUGUGUGUAAUAUAAUGUGUGUGUGCUGUUCAGUGUACAGUGAAAUGUUUGUACAUCGUGCGUGUGUGAGUUUGUAGCUGUUAACUUUCUGAGUCUUACAUUUACAAUGCACUGUUUGUCAAUAAAGGAGACAAAUCAAUCAAACUGAUCAGCUUUGGUAAUCAAUUAACAAGCAGGCAUGUUCAACGUGAAGGACAGAGAAGAGGGAAUUGAAGGGUUUAUAUUAUAUUCUAUAUAUUAUGAAGGUAAGAAGCUCACUAAUUGACACAUAUCUUGUUUAAUUCACAUACAUUUACAUAAUUCAGUGUAAAAGACAAUAUUCUGAAUUUAAAAAACACAUUUCUGUUACAGAUUAAGCAAACAAGACACGAUGUGUUAAUUAUUGAGCUUUAGAGGUGCUGUUUGUUUAGGCCAGGCUAGACUUUUAACCUGUCUAUACUGAGCUGAGCGAACAGGCUGCUAGCAGUGGCUUCAUAUUUACCAUCAGACCUGAGAGUGAUAUCAGUCAUCUAACUCCCUGCAAGAAAGCGAAUAAGUGUAUUUCCCAAAGUGUCAACCGUUCAAAAACAUACUUAACAUUGUUUAAUAUUCUUGAUACGUAAUGGCUUUUUCACCUUUUAUGAGAAUCUCUCAUAACCACAAGUUUGAGCUGAUGAUAUGUCUCAAAAUUAUGCAUUACUUCUGUUUGUGAAUGAUGAAAUAUGAUGGAUUUUUUUCUGAAAAUACUGUUUGUUCAUAGGAGAGGAAGGAGUUCAGACCUCUCUGGUAUCUGAUUGACCCCAAACAUAAGUAAUGUGACCAUGUAAGAUAACAAACUGUAUAUUUAUUUGUCUGUAAUUGACUUUUUGGCAUAGUACAUAAAACAUUUAAAAUAUGAACAA